AUGUGGCCCACAACUCGAGACUGCCGGGAACUUGUGGAUACCCAGGGGGCCCUCUUGGAGGCCCGCACUGCUGCGCUGCUGAAGGGCGAACUCGAUGGCCUGGGGCCCCCCGACCUCUGCUGCAUUUACAAAGUUCCUCAACACUGGCGUCUCUCCCGCAUAUUUGCGGGGCCAGAUGAACCCGCCGAAGGAGUUGAGGUUUCUUUUUGCCAUUUCGUCGUGGGCGUCGACGUUUCGCAGCCUGCGCCAAUUGCUGCUUAUCUCUGUCAAGUUUUGCGGAGCCAAGAGCAGCCCACAGGGUGGUUUCGUCGUGCGUGGCGGGCCUCUCGCUGCGUCUACUGCGUCUACAACGCGCUGCAGCAGCAAGACUUGCGCCUGGAGCUUCUUUGCAAAGCAGCAGCGCCUUCGAGGGUUUUCUUCAAAGUUUUGGACUCUUCCGGAAAAGAGUUGGGGGGCCCCUCUUUGCCCGCGGGCUUUUGGGGGUCCACGGCCCUGAGUGGUUUGAUGCGGCGGCAGCAGCCGCCGGGGGCCCCCUGCCUGCGGUUGGUGGGGGGCCCCCUGGGGGCCCCCCUGGGGGCCCCCCUGGGGGCCCCGCUGGGGGCCCCCCUGGGGGCCCCGCUGGGGGCCCCCCUGGGGGGCCCCCUGGGGGGCCCCCUGGGGGCCCCCGGGGGCUGCGAAGCCGCGAAGACCUUCCUGGAACUCUGCGAAAAGCACGCUGCCGAGGGGGACCUCUUGGGGCUGCUGCCGGCGACUGGCAGAGGCACAAACGCGGUGUGCGAGCUGGUGGCGGAGUUGCUGCUGCAGCAGCAGCAGCUGCUGCAGCAGCUGGAGGCCCUGGCCUCGCUGCAGGCCCUGUGGCCCCUCAUGGGCCUCCACGCCUCGCGGGCCUUCGCCCGCAGGGGCCUCUGGGGCCCCGCAGUCUCAGCGCUGCUGCGCUGCCUCAGUACCUUCCCAGAAGAGGCUUGUUUGCUGCGGCAGCUGGCUGAGUUGCUGCUGCGGGGGGGCCUCCCGCUGCUGGCAGCAAGAGCUGCUGCUGCUGCAGUGGAGCUGUGCCCCACAGUGCCCCGCUACUGGCUCACGCUGGCCAGGGCCCACACCAGCUGCUGCUGCUGGGGCCCCGCGCUGCUGGCCCUCAAUGGGGCCCCCCGGGUCGCAGUACCCUUUCCUUGGUACCCUCAGGGCCUCCCUGCUGCUCUUGCUGCUCUCCCCGUCUCCGAGCCUCGCCUCAGGGGCCAGGGCUACUACUCCGAGCUCUGGCUGCCUCCAGUCCGGCCCUACUUGCUGCCUCUGGGGACUCGCGACGCCGCCGCUGCUGCUGCGCAGCAGCAGCAGCAGCAGCAGCGCAGCAGCAGCAGCAGCAGCAGCAGCAGCUCGCGCCCGCUCGCACCCCACGCACACAGCCCCUCUUCGCCCGCACAUUCCACGAGCCCGCACCGCCCCCUCAGCAGCAGCAGCAGCAGCAGCUGCGGGCGAGGAAGCGGGGCGGGAGACGCUGCUGCAGCAGCAGCAGCAGCAGCAGCAGCAGCAGCAGCGCAGCGGCCCCGCCCCGCGGGGGCGUUUGCCCACAGAGGCUUCGGGAGCUCUUUUGGCCUCGCCCGAGGCCUCGACGAAGCUGCUGCUGUUGCUGCGCAUGCAGCGCUGCUGCAGCGGGGGGCUGACAAGCCCCACAGCAGCGCAGCGCAUGCAGCGCGGGGCCCCCCCUGCAUGCACGCCAGCAGCAGCAGCAGCAGCAGCAGCAGCAGCAGCAGCAGCAGGACUGCGGAGCACCUCAAGGCCCUCGCCAGCUGCAGGGCCCUCGAACUGGACCUUUCAGAAAGGAGACAAUAUGCUGUUCUGGUGUCUCUCCACAAACGCAUUGGCCUCAGGGGCCUCAAGUUGCUGCGGGGGGCCCUCUUCCACCCCGCAGCAGCAGACGGGGGGCCCCCCGGGGCCUUUCUCGAGCCGCAGCAGCAGCAGCAGCAGCAGCAGCAGCAGCAGCAGCAGGUUCUUGCGAGCUGGAUGGGGGGCCCCACGCAGGAGGGGCCCCCGGCCCCUGCAGGGGGCCCCCAGUCGCCUUCUGGGGGGCCCCCCUGCAGUUAUGGGGCCUCCCCCUGUGGCCCGUUUGCUGCUGCUGAUGGGGGGCCCCCAGGGUCCAGUCCUGCUGCUGCUGCUGAUGGGGGGCCCCCGGGGUCCAUUCCUUCUGCUGCUGAGGCCACAGACACAGCAGCGCAUGCAGCCCCCCAAACGCAUGCAAAGGCGCCAGCCCCAAAGCCCCCCCCCUGCAGCAGCAGCAGCAGCAGCAGCAGCAGCAGCAGCAGCCCCACUAAAGAGCUGCAGCAGCAGCAAGUCUUUAGUGGGGAUGCUGCUGCUCCCUUUGGGACCCGCGUGGCUGCGCGGUCGCUAGCUGCUUCCGAUGCUGCAGCAGCUCCUGCUGUUGCAGGCGCAGCAGCAGCUGCUGCAGCACCUGCAGCUGCUGCAGCACCUGUAGCUGCUGCAGCGCCUGCAGCUGCUGCAGCACCUGCAGCUGCUGCAGCACCUAUAGCUGCUGCAGCACCUACAGCAGCUGCGUCGCCGUCAGCGGUGGCAGCGCUUGCCGCUGCUGCAGCAGCUGCCGCUGCUGCAGUAACUGCCGCUGCUGCAGCUCCUGCAGCAACUGCCGCUGCUGCAGUAGCUGCCGCUGCUGCAGCUCCUGCAGCAGCUGCAGCAAAUGCAGCGGCUGCAGCAGAUGCAGCAGGAGCUGCACCAAUGGCUGCUGCAGCUGCGAGUCCAGCUGCAGCAUCCACCGCAACUGCCACGGCUUCAGAAGCUGCAGCAGCAGCAGCCGCUGCAGCAACCACUUUGCUUCCUAGCCCACGAGACUGCAGCAGCAGCAGCAAACAGAAAGCCCCAGAGGGCAGCACAGCCCUAGAAUGCCCGCCGCAUGCAGCAGCGGCAUCCAGUGCAGCAGCAGCUGAGCAGCAGCUCUUGGGGCCCCCCCAGAGGGCCCCCCAGGGGCCCCCCCAGGGGCCCCCCCAGGGGCCCCCCCAGGGGCCCCCCCAGGGGCGGGGGGUCCC